AAGUCGUCCCUUUUUCUUUUUGACGUAAUACAAGCAAAGGCGUAUCUUUGAAACCCCGUGGAACGGGUUUUUUAACAGACGGCUUUUAGUAGCUUGAUGCAGAGAAGGACACAGCACCGCACCGCACGAAAGAAACGUUGCACAUCAAAAACAUGACAGGUAUCUUAGUGAUACAUUGCAUCCUGUUGGUGGUUCAGGUUCAAUGACAUUACUGGACCAACUGGUUUGACCGCGACAACCCAUCAGGGACUGGAGAUUGGGAAACUUUAUCUGGCCAAAAGGCAUUAGGGGAAGUGUGUGGAGGGAACUGCAACCCCAUCGCGGCAGAGUGUCGCGUGAAGGGAACCACCACUGUGUUCACUCGUUGGGCCGGUACAGCUCCGAACACCCUUAUGUACCACUGCCUGCCCUCUAAGGGCCUGGUCUGCCGCAACUCCCAGAACACUGGGUGCUGCAAAGACUAUGAGAUAAGAUACAAGUGUCCGUCUGCAAGCACUACGUGGACAUCCUGGUUCGACAGGGACAACCCCAGCGGUACUGGGGACUGGGAACAUGUUGGGAAAACCGGAUUUAAUCCUUGCUCAAACAACGAUCCAAUCAAGAUCGAGUGCCGCGUCAAGGGAACCAAUCAGCGUUGGGACCUAGCGGGUCAGGUGAUCAAGACCAAGUGCACGCCUUCUGAGGGAUUCGUCUGCGUGAACAACGAUCAGCCGAGUGGGCAGACUUGCAAAGAUUACGAAGUCCGCUUCAUGUGCCCAUAGCUCUGCCCAUGCAACCCAAAAAUGCGUCUAUUAAUUAAUACAUCGGCAUGUACUACAUGUGGUAGUGUCCUAAUAUCUCUUCGAUUUAAGUCAUGUCGUGUUGAAAAAUUGACUAGCAAAGAAUAAAUUUUAUUGCAUUUGACAUUUAAACCACGUAGAGAUUGGUUUCAAAUUACCAUUGCUUUCAUUUCGAAAAAAACACCCAAUUUAUACAGCAAUAAAUUGUAGAAUUUAA